AUGGUUAUGGAUUAUUUUAGUUCGAUGUUUAGGGCAGGGGAGGUUGAUUUGUCUCAUAUGCAACCUGUAGUGGCACUGGUUCAGCCUAAGGUCACACCGGAAAUGAACUCCAUGCUCUGUGCUCCUUACACGGCUACUGAAAUUAGAGUUGCUCUCUUUCAGAUGUAUCCCACCAAGGCUCCUAGAUCGGAUGGGAUGCCUCCUUUAUUUUUUCAGCGAUAUUGGGAUACUAUUGGAUCUGAUGUUGUGGGUGUAGUUCAGAGCUUUCUCCAUUCUGGUCAGUUACUUUCUUCGAUUAAUUACACACAUGUGAUCGCUAAUAGAUUGAAGGGUAUCCUCUCCCAGAUUAGUUCUUCUUUUCAGAGUGCUUUUAUUCCUGGGCGUUUAAUAUCUGACAAUAAUCUUAUUGCUAAUGAGGUUUCUCAUUUAAUUCAUAAUAACCGUUCCAGUUCUGAUGGAGUGAUGUCUCUUAAGCUUGAUAUGAGUAAGGCUUAUGAUCUCAUGGAGUGGGUUUUCUUGGAGGCAGUCUUAUUUCGGUUGGGGUUUGAUGAGUCCUGGAUACAUGUCAUUAUGCAGUGUGUGAAGUCUGUGCGUUAUUCUUUUUUGAUUAAUGGGCAGCCUCGUGGCUACUUGGCACCUACCAGAGGUUUAAGGCAAGAUGAUAGCCUUCUGUUUGGCAAGGCUAAUUUAGAGGAAUGUUCUCAUAUUCAGGAUGUCUUGUUGGAUUAUGAGUUAGCUUCGGGCCAGAAAGUUAAUUUCUCUAAAAGCAGUAUAGUCUUUAGUAAGAAGGAGCGUUUGAACAAGAAGCUUGAGGGUUGGCAAGGCAAACUUCUGAGCAGUGCAGGGAAGGAUCUUCUUAUAAGGGCUGGUGAAAUGGGUUUUCGGGAUUUGCAUGCAUAUAAUUUGGCUCUUUUGUCAAAGCAGGGUUGGAGGUUAAUUCAUAAUCCGGGUUCUCUUUUGGCUCGAUUAUAUCAAGCUAGGUAUUUCCCUAAUGGUGACUUCUGGUCUAGUGAGCUUUCUUCAUCACCUUCUGCAUGCUGGAGGGGUAUACAUGCAGCAAAACAUAUUUUGAGGAGGGGUGUCCGCUGGCAGGUAGGGAAUGGGCAGUCAGUAGGGAUUUGGGAGGAUCCAUGGAUUCCAAGACCCUCUACUUUUCUUUCUAUUAUUCGUCAUGUGGAUGGCCCAGAGACGGUUGCAGAUUUGUUACUUCCAGGUUUUACUUGGAAUCAGGUCCUUAUUAAUCAGUAUUUUGCACCUGAGGAUGUGGAUUUGAUUCUUUCUAUGUCUCGUAGUCAACGUGAUGUACCCGAUCGUCUUAUUUGGCAUUAUGAUAAGAGGGGAAGAUUCUCUACUAAAAGCGCUUAUGCUUUGGCUUUUAGUGAGCUUCGUGAUAGUGGGGUAGCUACUUCUAAUCCAGUUAAUAUUUCUUCUUUUUUGAAGCAGAUUUGGUUUGCUCAAAUUUCUGGUAAGGAUGAAUCUAUUAAUCAUAUUACGAGGGAUUGUCAGUUUGUAAAGGAUCUGCUUUCUUUCUUCCUUGAGUUGCAUGGUGUCCUACAUAUUGAUUGCAAUGAAGGAGUGGUAAUAUGUGAUGCAUUGGGUGAUAUUGUUGGCGGUGCAUGCAUCAAGGUUAAUUCGGUUGCCUCUCCUGAAGCUAUAGAAGCCAUGGCUUGCAGGGCUGCUUGCUCCCUAGCAGUACAGUAG